AUGAUAAAUAAACAUGGUUAUGGGAACAAGAAACAUGGUUAUGGUUACAAGAAACAUGGUUAUGGUUACGAGAAACAUGGUUAUGGUUACAAGAAACAUGGUUAUUGUUACAAGAAACAUGGUUAUGGUUACAAGAAACAUGGUUAUGGUUACGAGAAACAUGGUUAUGGUUACAAGAAACAUGGUUAUGGUUACGAGAAACAUGGUUAUGGUUACGAGAAACGUGGUUUUGGUUACAAGAAACAUGGUUAUGGUUACAAGAAACAUGGUUAUUGUUACAAGAAACAUGGUUAUGGUUACGAGAAACAUGGUUAUGAUUACAAGAAACAUGGUUAUUGUUACAAGAAACAUGGUUAUGGUUACAAGAAACAUGGUUAUGGUUAUUUUACCCACUUUCAUAUUAAUCCCAUACUUUUAUUUAUUUUUUCAAGUCCUUUACCAGUAUAUUAG